GGCACAACAUAAACCAAGCUACCGUCGCUAUUAAUACUAAGAGUUGGUCCAAGACAAAAGAUCAGAAGACUGGUCCAUUGUCCCUACCUGCUGUUGCAUAAGACUCGACUCCUCCAAAGGAGGCUUGUUUGCAAUUUGAUUGAAUCAAAUCAUUGAAGCAGAAUUAUUGUGCCUCCGAAAUAUCUGUCAGUAUGAUUGGUGCUGCCGUUCCUCAAGUACCUCAAAGCCGGAAGCAAUAUCUUCACUAUGGUCUGGUAUUGCUGUGUAUCGCUUGCAUUCUACCCACUCGACUGUUUUGGAAGAGUCACAAGUGGCGCUUUCCGUCGCUGUACAAACAACAGCCGCCACAAGACAAGCAUUCCAAGACGAGUAUCAACACGACCGCCGAAUGUCGCUACUUUCCCGAAGCCCUGGCCCAAUUCGUCCGCGAUUUGCAAGAACGUCCCGAACAAACCGCGUUGCGCGAUUGGGUAUUGCCCAACAAGAAACAUCGCAAGUAUCCCUCGUGGCAUUUCCCAGGGUUGUCGAGCCCACUAUUGGAUCAAACGAUUCGUGGCAAGCGCAUGGUCCUGUUGGGCGAUUCCACCUUAUUUUAUUUAACCCGAUGGAUGCAAACACUCCUGCAAAAUACAACGCAACAAUCGCCUCGCGUGGUGGAUCAUUUACUGUUGGGCAUGGACAUGACCAAGGGAAAUUACGCCGUCAAUCCGGACAUGGACGUGCAACUGGGAUGGGACAAUUCUACUUUGGCGAAAGUCCAAUUACAAGAUGGCACUCAUAUUCAGUGGUUGGGUCAUCGGGGCGGCAGUGAUCCCCAAGAAGAAGAUCAAGUCUGUCAAUUUGAUGGCAUUUUUAGGCAAAUUCGACAAAUCCAACCGGAUAUAUUAGUGGCCAAUUUUGGAUUGCACUGGUUGCAUUUGAUUGCGUCCGAUCCAGAGCACGGCCGUACGGUUCCACUCUGUGCGGUCCAAUAUUGGCUCGACUACCAAUCGGCGUGGCUGGAACAAGUCACACAAGUGGCGCAAGACAGUCAAGUGAAACUAUUGCUCUUCAAAACGACAAACUUCAUGUGCAUUGACAACUUUUGGGGAGACUAUUCCGAUGCCGUGGCACUCUACCAACGACAAGAUCCCUACGCCAUUAGUAGGUGUGAACGAACCUUGCAGCGAUUGCGGGAUGGUCAUGACAACAAACAUCGUGGUGAAACUAGCAUACUGGGAGAUGCCAAUUUGACCCGCUAUUGCCAAAAAGGAGUCUUUGAUGAAUGGGGAGUCAAAGAUUUGAAUCAUCGCGUCUUGGAAUAUGUGCAUCAGUACAACCAAAACAACUACAAGGAUACGGACAUGAAAGUGGCCGUCUUUAAUGAUCACGACAUUCAAUCCUGUGCGUAUUCCGAGCCGAAUGAUGGACGACACUACCACCCUCUCAACUUGAUGAGACUGCGAUUGCUCGCCAAUGUGAUUCAGUGCCAGUAUCCCACAACAUAAAUACACUGGCAAACAGUUCUGAGUGGCCAUGAAACUCAAGUCCCGCAGUUGGGCCAUUCGUCGGAGAGCCGACAUUGAAACGCUUGGUGUCGCAUACAGAACAGCCAGUCCUUCCGUCCCUGGGAAAGACUUGAGACUAGCGGGAAUUCCUUUGUCGAGAAAAUGAAGCAGACCAGCACCUGGCACAAAAUCAAACAAAAGACCGCGCUUUCUCAGUUUGGCAACGACAUCUGCAGUGUGACGAUGAGAGAAAGCCACAAAAAAACUACUGCCGAAUGUACCUUUUAGGCGCACAAACUUGGGUUUAACUAGAUAGAACAAAUCUACCGUAGCAUCAACUUUUCCCUUCCUCUUCUGACUUGCCUUCCUCGUCUGACUUGCCUUCCUCGUUUGAAUCACCUUCCUCUUUGGACUUGUUGCUCUUCUU